ACUUUAUUUGAAUGAGAAAGUGUCCUAAAACUUUUGACAGGGGGUGUCUAUGAAACUACUCAGAAUUCAGCUGCACAUAUCUGCAAUGUGGAUUGUAGAUAUUUGUAGUGAGAAACUCUACACGCAUGACUUGUAAAAGUGAUGUAAUUCAUUCUGAGUACAAUAAUACACAUAUUUGAAAUGAUAACUGUGGAUGGGAAGAAUGACACUGUGGAUAUCAGAAAGGGUUUUUUUUAAGGAAAAUUUUAAUUACAGAUGCUUGCAGUACAUACCAAGGCUAGAUAUUAAGUGAUUAAACGGCUUGCAAUAGAAACAGAGGCCUGUAUACCUGUUUUCUGACAUGGUGUAGUGAUGUGGCACUCAGACACUGACGACAGAAAUUCCCACCCUAUGAUUCAUCAUCCAAUAGAUUCUAAAUCCUGUUCAAUAAUUAUGAAAUGACAAUCGCACUUCUAAUUUAGCUUGAAUAUACCUGUCUGUCCACUUUGACGCUGAUUAAGACAUGGUAGUGUUGAACCUUUCGUCUGUUUGCACGAGAAACGGCAGUGAAUUAAGAACUGUGCUCCAUCUCCUAUUUGUACAAAUAAAGAACAAAUUCAGCAUUCAAGGGAAAAUUACAGUUUAAACAACAAAUAAUUAACCAUAAGGCAUAUGUCAUAGAGUCCCCUUAAUAGUUUUGUGUUACUGUUGUCACUGCCAGAAAAGUGAAACAAAAGUUUUGCCCUGCAGGUGUUAGCAAAAAUGUUGAAAAUGAACUGUGUCCAGAUUUUAAAAUGUGAAUAUUUGCUGAUUUUCUAAGUAGUCUAUGAUAGCAAACUUAAUACCUUUGGUUUAGGACUGUUGGUUGACCAAAGAAGACAUUCUAGAAGGUCUGGCAAUAAGUCAGGAGCUCCUUAAAGGAACUCUUGAGGUAAUGCAUUCCACAUUUUGAAACUGGAUCCUCGCUCCCAUUCAGCUCCAAAGGCAUUAGUGAAGUCAUGCUGACGUUCUGUGAUAAGAAAGGCUGCAAGUUCAAGUUCCAGUUUGUAACAAAGAUGUUGGAUGAGACUGAGAUCAGAACUGAGUGUAUGCCAGUCAAACUGGUAAACUGUUUCUUUUAUUUAGCUGGGGUUUUGUCACAUUGAAACAGGAAAGCAACCUCCUGAACUGCACAUCAAGUUUAGAGAGUCUACAGUAUCAUUGUGCAGUGGUAAUACCAAGGAUGUGUCCUGUCUCCAAUAAUUGGAAAAACAGUCUGUUUUUUACAUGCACCCACAUACUUAAUGCCAAACGGUGUGUCUUUUAAUGUUCUUUGAAUUCAAAUUGUACACACAUAGGGUGUAAUUAAAUUCCAAUGUAAAUAAUCAGAAGCUCUAAUGACACCGUUCCAAUUUAACUCGUGCCACCAUUCGCUGACAGAAGCAGCAAUUUGCAAAGGUUGUUUUUGCCUUUGAGAGCAAUUAAAAUGUAUAGGCCAGUGGAAAGCCUCUGCUCUGAGCAACAUAUUAGUCAGCAAGAAAGUAAAUGAAUCACACAGCUACAUGCUACACUCUGAAGGAACUUUUCAUCCCGUUUCAAGGAUGAUGACAAAUUAUCUCAUUAAUUUGCAGUUGCAUUGUUCAUACAGCUCCUUCCACUUCUGACAUUUUGCUCUUCGGUCCAACAGCUCCACGUGUUUCAAGUUCGCUCUGUCAGACAUGACUGCGUAAACAUUCAAAGGCAUCUCCUGCAGCAUCAACAAGAUUGUGAAAGAUUGUUUUUCCUUAAUUUAAUCAGUUUGUCAUCAAGAGAAUAACUUGUCUGUCUUGUACAUGUCAGGAAAUGUUCUUGUUUUGACUUUAAACAUCUUACUUUAUGCCUAAAGCCUCCUCUACUCAUCACGGUCUGCCUCCUUAGCAUUACACGCACCAGAGCUGACUGAAACUCAAAAUGGAAAAGGAUGACAAUGCAAUAUACUCCAAACCGUGCGUGCCAGAUUUGCCUAUUAAGUACAGAAGUCAAAAAGGAAGCAGGAAGGAGAUAAGACUCAGAACAGAGAAGCAGUGAAGCAGAGAGAGCACCUCUGAGACCUGACACACAAAGAACGGUCUUAGCGCCUGAGCUGUCUCUUUAUGUCUCUAAACAUUAAUUCCGUGCUUUUCUAUGGCAGACACAGAAACAGGUUAUUGAACUGACAGAGAAACCGUUGAGAAUCUCCUCCCCGAGCUGCAGAGUAUCAGGAGCCGGAGUGGAGCAGGAGACGAGCAGAGAGCCAGCCGAGCCCCUGCAGACAGGGGCCGAGGUUUCGUCCCUCCCUGAACUACAACAGACGGCUGCAGGCGAGCCAAGCGCAUCAGCUCCACGGGAGACCCUUGCUUGCAUCACCUCCAUCUAUUUUUAGAACGACUGCAUCCACCUUUUUGUGUCUUUUAGGCCCCUUCUACAUUCUAAGUGUUAUUUCAAGUGCAAACUGUUGCAGGAGGUGCAGGAUUUUUACUCCUUCAUUGUCAGUUUUGCGCUCAGUUUCAUCAAGAAGCCUCCAUCACAGCUGAGUCUGACUACAGCUCAGUCAUGCUACAUGUGAAUUGUGCAGAUGGAGAGCAAACACAGAUUGCUGUAUUGCAGAGAGGAACAAUCAGAAGAGAGCAGGUUUUUAUUUCAAACAGAGUACAGCAGGUGCUUCCACUGAUCAGUUCCUCCUCUCUGACUCUCAGGCUGGAGUUGUUCGAAUAAGUGAAAUCAUCUGUUGUUGUCUUUGACUGGAAUGAAAACAGGCGCCUGGUAUAUCUCCUGCUUUAUGGAUCCUGUGAGAUUAUAAUUAGAAAUGCCAAUAAUGUGCACAUUGUGCUUAAGAGAAAAGAAGCAGGAAAUGAGACUGUCAGUUUCAAUGAUGCAGGCGUUUCCCUGUAGUUAUUUUUUGGUGGAAGAUAAUGAACAGUUCCAGGCUUGGCUCGACAGCAUGUCAAGCAAGAAAGACUGUGGAACGGCAAUACAAGCAACAGCUUGGUAAAGACAGGCUCCGUCGACUACCAGUGUUGGCCAGAUGGAGGGAAGAAAAGGACCAAGAAGUGAUGUGACAGAGGUGAGGAAGCAGUGUGAGUCCAAGGAAAUGAGAUAAAAGAGAAGGGAUAGGAGGUGAGAAUUAAAGGAAGGGUGUGGAAAUGGUGUGACUGUUAUGCACUGUCAGAUUUACUGAUCCAAAGGGUGAGCAGCUUAGCAUCGAAAAAAAAAAAACAUUUAGCUUUCAUACUGUUAUUCAGGAUCCUUGGGAAUAAUGAAACGGGGAAGAAAAUGAUGCUGUGUUUGAAGUGUCCAUAUUGUGCAUAGCAAGGAUGUGGGAUCUAGAAUAGAAAGCAGGCGUUGUGUGAGAUUCACAGGAUUGAGAUCACACUGUUUUACCCUUUUGAUGCAACACAAAAGUCUCCUUGAUCUGUAUUAUGUGCCCAUGUCAGCAUCCAGGAAAAAUGACUCUGAUGUCCAGCUCAAAAUGUGGUUCCAGAUGUCGUAAAUUCACCAGGAGGUGAAUAUCCCCAGGAUUAAGCUGAGAUGCUCGUGUAGACGUACGUGUUUGGAUGUAGUAUAGAUGAUGUUCAGACAUUUUUCUGCAGCUAACAGCAUUGGAUGAUAACUCCCUGUCUGGGAUGGACAUUUUUAUCAAGAUGUCAUGCAAAUUUCAAGCCAUCCAUCAUUUUUAUAUAACCCCAGUCUGGAGUCAGAGUCACGGUGGCAUCACAAUGCCAUCCAGUGGACGCAUGGAGGAAGCGUACAGGCGAACGUUUGCUUCUGUUCGAGGAUGGUGAAGCAAAAAAAAAAUUAUGAAAGAUAAGGAAGGAAAUAUAUUUGUUUGAGCAGCAGCACAAAAAUCUAAUCAAGUUGGUGCCCCCCCCACACACACACACCCUCAUUAGCCUCUCUAUCAUUAAAGCAGAUGAAACUAUUUGAAUCAAUAAAACAGAAAGCUACACUAUAUACAUAAUGUAAAACAAUUUAAAUUGUUUAAUGAAUUGUGCAGAUUUAAAUGAGCACAAAUGCAACUCUGAAAGCCCUGCUGAGUAGCACAGUAUUUUACCUUUAAUUGUAUGUUUAACUACCAAUAUAUACUGUAUGAUUACUAUCUACUGUAGAGCAAUGUUAGUGCAUCCAUAAUAACUGAAAAAAGGUCACCAGUCAAAUCAUGAGGUGUUUGGUUUUACAGUAUUAAUAACACUAUGGCAUAUUAUUGAAGACAAGCUGGAACUGUAAAUCUGAAUGUGCAACAUGUGGAUUGAAUAGUGGAUAGAACGGCUGCUGAGUAAUAAUGUAGAUAAUAGUAACUAUGACAUAUUUAUGUUUAAUUAAACUGACAAAUAGGAUUAGAAAUGAGUUUUGCACCUGAACACCACCUGCUGCUGCUGAGACUCUGUAUAAGUCAGUUAAUGUGCAAGCAGAGAAGUUUAAAUAUAAUGCAAACAGUGCUGAUGAAUGACUGAAACAUCCGGCUUCUGUUGCUCUAAUUGGAAGUUUGUUGGAUUCAAACUUGAAUUUGACUCAAGCAAAUGAAAGAAAUCCAUGUUUAACCACUUUGAUUACUGUGUAUUAUAUGACAACACCGUGCAGCAAAAAGUAUUUGCAUUUCAUACAAAUAAUAGUGAUAAAUUCUUUGAAAUAAGCACUUGAGCUGAGAAGUAAUAAUGUUAGAAAAAGAAGUCAGGCUCCUCAACUCUCGUCAAACUUUGUUCUACAAAAUUGGUUUGUCAAACACUCAAAUAUUUGCUCUUUGGCUCCUCUAUUUCAGGAGACUUCACUUUUUACAAAAUAUUAUGUACUUAUACUUAUCUAUGUUCUUAUGCAAGAAUUCCAUUUUUACUUCAUAAGACAGUCAUUUAAUCUUUUCAGCCAGAUAUAGGGGUCCUAACUAAUAAAAAUCAACGUGUUUGGUUCAAAUUUCCUCGUUACAGUCCUGCAGAGCAAAUCUGAUGUAUAUUAUGUCAGUAGAGGUAAUCGAUAACCCUCCAUCCAGUUUAAAAUCAAUUUACAAAAACAUUUGGAACAUCUGAGCUCAUCCGACACAGUUGUAAGGCAACAGAAGACAAAACAAACAUUCAUCUGCAACAGUCUGCUGCCUUCAUUGUUUGGUAUUAUGAGCAAAAUGAAUGAAUAUUGAACACAUCGCAGGGAACAAAAGGUGAAUCUGCUCAAAAACCCCUGCCGCAGUGUAAAUUAUAAUUAAAGACAUGACUUGGGGCAGACUGUUUCACUCCUGUGCUGUCUCUUGUGUUGGAUCUCCUAGCAACAGAAACCUGUUUACCUGCAAACCCAGCACAAGACUAGAGGUGAGCUGGAGUUGCAGGUGCGUCCUGGGAGUAAGUUAAGCUUCGUCCUCGGUGACAGAUUAUUUUUGCUUGGGUAAUUUAUAUUCAGGUUCAAUAAAAGUAGCUGUAACUUCACUGUGAGAGCUCCGGGUGUUUGUGCUCACUCCCACUACAUCUGACAGAGGGAGCACUUAUUGCAUUAUUUCCCACAGACUGUGUUACCACUUAUUCACUGAGCUCCAAGUUUGGCUGGAUUCUGUCAAAGCCACAAAACACAGGAGUUACACCUUGUUUGCUGCUUUCAUUUGUGGUCACAGCAUUGCCCACAUACCCGGAGGAUUUUUGCUAUCCGUCACUGUUGUCACUGAAGGUUUCCAUUACAGCAGUCACAGAUGGCUGAGCAGGGGAGGAUUGCCACGCCGACUGUUGGAGCAACUGACAGGAGAGGACGACUGACCAGCAACAUGCUGCUCAACGCUGCUUAUGGAAGGAUGAGCUUCACUUCCUGCCUCGGACGUCCCAGUAAGACGGGCUUUACAUCAAACCAGAGACCAGCGAUUUACUACACGCCCAGUUUGGACCAAACCGACAACCCUCAGUUUGGACUCUCAUUAUCAGACAGUUACAUGUCUCAGACUAAACUGCACUACCAGCCUCACAUCCAGUCUGAUUAUUUGCCAAACAUCAUUAACAAACCCAGAGACAGCGGCUUCCUUCAGACGAGGACUCAGCCGAAAACAGCAGCUAUGGAGGAGAAGACAGAAUACCAAAGAUCGUUUCUGGACUUUCCUCUCCCUCCUGCAGUUUCUCGGUACCAUGUGACCGUGGGUCCAAAAACAGAAACCGGUUUCACUGAGGGAAGAGAUCUCACAUUUUUCACCUUUCAGGAGAAAAACAACUGCACAGAUAAACCUCCUCAGGCUCACAGCACAGUGAUGAAAAACGACUUCAAACCACCGUCAUGGCUGCAGGGUACUGAGGCAAUACUGGGGGUGUGUAGCCGUUCUUGUCGAGAAUCAGGAUUCACACAAGGUGUCGCCGCUCCUUUGGCCUGCCCAAGUUCCCUCCUGCCAUCACCUGAAACUAAAAGCAAUGCACCAACUCUGAAGGCCAUUGGGAGAAAGGAGCCCACAGGGUUUCUUCUAGCAGCACAGAGCAACCAAAUUUUCCCUAAAACACCUUUAGAUGGUUCACACUUCUCUACGCAUUACAAGAGCACCUUCUGCCAUCACGCUGACUUGGAAAAGCUGAAAUCUGGUCCUACUUGUGCAGGAAUUAUCAGCACCAAAAUGGACAACAGCUACACUCGUCGGGAAAUGGACAGGUUCAUCUUUAGGGGUUAGACCUCCUCGCUCCAGUGAUGCUUCCUGCAGAGCUGCUCACCACAAAAAUAAAUGCUUCCUAUUAUGUCUUCUAA